CUUCUUUUCAACACCACAAGAAUUUUUGCGAUAACGCCCCGCUGAAUAUACAGAAAAUUGAGUGGUGGCAUCACCUGAUAAUAUUGGACAACGGUUUCAAUAAAGUUCCGUCAAAAUGCCGGCCCCAACAGCUCUCCGAUCGUUCGAUACUUCAGUAGCUUCUGAGAUGUCUUUCCCCCCUGCUACAAAUGAACAAGAUGAGGAAAUUCUUAUCGACGCUCAGCCUUCGGCCAACCCGGAUACUAUCCUUGUUCCAGUCAACUCUACUGGAGAUAACGAAAUGCGAAUUGACGAAGAAGGCCGACCAGUUUUCACGCCCGCCAAGGAUACCAACGCCGUGUACCGAGUUGAGACUCGAAAGGUUCCCGUUCCACCGCACAGAAUGACUCCCCUGAAAGCCACUUGGCCCAAAAUCUACCCUCCUCUGGUUGAGCACCUCAAAUUACAAGUGCGAAUGAAUAUCAAGAAUCGAGCAGUAGAGUUGCGCACGUCUAAAUACACCACUGACACGGGAGCUCUGCAAAAGGGCGAAGAUUUUGUUAAGGCCUUCACACUCGGAUUUGAUGUCGACGACGCUAUUGCACUGCUGAGAUUGGAUGAUCUUUAUAUCCGUUCUUUCGAAAUUAAGGAUGUCAAGGCUUCUCUCAACGGAGAGCACCUGAGCCGUGCUAUUGGUCGUAUCGCUGGUAAAGAUGGACGAACAAGGCAUGCAAUCGAAAACGCCAGUCGCACAAGAAUUGUUAUCGCCGAUCAGAAGAUCCAUAUCUUGGGACGUUUCCAGAACAUCAACGCCGGCCAGGAGGCUAUCGUUAGUUUGAUUCUGGGCAGCCCUCCAGGAAAGGUAUAUGGUAAUUUGCGUAAAGUGGCAUCGCGGAUGAAGGAGCGCUUUUGAUAUAAAGUCUGGACCGACAUUUUCUUUUACUUUUACGAUACCGGCGUUAUGGGCGGGCUGACAUGGGAUUGAGCAUGAUUAAAUCCACAAGACGAUAUCAGGAAAAAA